AGAUACGGGAGGAGAGUUCCACGAGAGCGUGGGAGGAGGGACGGAUGACAAUUUUUCGUGGUUGACUAAGUUUUUUAAAAAGCUACUUCCAAGGGCACAUCAACCAGUCAGCGAAGCCACUUGUUCCAGCAGGAGGUGGGAGGUGAGGGCGGAGUGGAGCGUGGGGAGGAGCGACACUCACCGCUCGGGACUCGGUGCUUUCCAUGUGUCGCCGUGCGUCCCUGGCCCCGCCACCUAAACGCACACCCCCCCCCCCCGGCCAUCUGCACCCCGUCGACCACCUCCCGCAGCAGACUCUUGGGGAUUCCUCCGGCCGAGUCCAGCCAGGAGGGUUCCCCGGACUCGGCGCGAACUGCCCGCCCCCUCCGGCGUCUCCGCCCCCCGCCGGGGCCGCCGGGCGCCGAGGGAGGCGAGGGUGCAGCAGCUGGAAAAUGAGCGGUGCAGGGAGGGUGGCCCGGAGCUGCAGCGCCCUUCGCGCUGCUGUUCCCGGGAGCGGCGUGAGGCGGCGGCUGCGGUGAGCGGGGUCGCGCGCGGACGCCGGAUGCUUCCGAAGAUGGAGAAGUUUCUGCAGAUCGCGCCUCACUCUCUGGCCAUCGUCCUGGGCCCCGCCGAGGGGCCGGCGGGUGAGAGGUCCGAGGCCGCCCGACCCGCGUCCCAGGCCCAGCCCCGGCAGCUCGCCCGGCACCACAUCGGCUACGAGAUCUUCGCCGACUUCAAAGCCGAGAACAUGCAGCACUUCUGGAACAAGAAGGUCACGGCCGCGGUGGCCGAGACGUUCUUCCUGGGCUGGAUCGACGAGCAGGUCCUGCUGAUCCAGGGCAAGGAGGAGCAUCUGGAGGCACUGCGCGAGGGCUGGUCGCGCCGGGCGCUGCGGCCGCCCUCGGGCUUCCACAUCCGCUGCCUGGGUGAUGUGUCACCAAUCAGUAUGUCUCCCAUCAGUCAAUCUCAGUUUAUCCCACUCGGGGAAAUCCUUUGCUUGGCCAUCUCCGCAAUGAACUCGGCAAGAAAACCUGUCACCCAAGAAGCACUGAUGGAGCACCUGACCACCUGUUUCCCAGGUGUUCCCACCCCAAGCCAAGAAAUUCUCCGGCAUACGCUGAACACGCUGGUCCGGGAGCGGAAGAUCUACCCGACUCCAGAUGGCUACUUCAUCGUAACCCCACAGACUUAUUUCAUAACUCCUUCCCUCAUAAGAACUAACAGUAAAUGGUACCAUUUGGAUGAGAGGAUACCUGACAGGUCUCAGUGUACCUCUCCCCAGCCCGGGACCAUCACGCCCUCUGCCUCAGGCUGCGUCAGGGAAAGAACGUUGCCCAGGAACCACUGCGACUCUUGCCACUGCUGCAGGGAAGAUGUGCACGGCGUGCACGCGGCCACCCUGCAGAGGAAGCCCGCCAAGGACUGCAAAGACCCGUACUGCCCUCCUUCCCUCUGCCAGGUGCCACCCACUGAAAAGAGCAAAAGUACUGUCAACUUUUCAUAUAAGACGGAAACUCUCUCCAAACCUAAAGACGGUGAAAAGCAGUCCAAAAAAUUCGGGCUCAAGUUAUUCCGGCUCAGUUUUAAAAAAGACAAGACCAAACAGCUAGCCAAUUUUUCCGCCCAGUUUCCUCCCGAAGAGUGGCCCCUGCGAGAUGAGGACACGCCAACUACUAUCCCUCGGGAGGUAGAAAUGGAGAUCAUUAGGCGUAUUAACCCGGACUUGACCGUGGAAAAUGUCAUGAGGCACACUGCACUAAUGAAGAAACUUGAAGAAGAGAAAGCGCAUAGGAGUAAAGCCGGGUCCUCCGCCCAUCACAGCGGAAGAAGUAAAAAGAGUCGGACUCAUCGCAAGUCCCACGGAAAGUCUCGGUCGCACAGCAAGACACGAGUGUCCAAAGGAGACCCGUCAGAUGGUUCCCACCUGGACAUCCCGGGUGAAAGAGAGUAUGACUUUUGCGAUCCUCUUACCAGGGCUCCCCGGGAAGGCUGCUUCAUCAUCGAACACAAAGGUGAUAACUUCAUCAUGCAUAGCAAUGCGAACGUGAUUGAGUCUCAUUUCCCCAUGACUCCAGAAUGGGACGUGUCUGGGGAACUGGCCAAAAGGAGAACUGAGAUGCCUUUUCCUGAGCCUUCCAGGGGAAGCUCCCACUCAAAAGUGCACCGAAGCCACAGCCAUACCCAGGACCGAAGGUCCAGGAAUGAGAGAUCCAACAAGGCCAAAGAGAGGUCCAGAUCCAUGGAUAACUCCAAAGGUCCUCUGGGUGCUUCUUCUCUGGGGAUGCCUGAAGACCUGGCUGAAGGCUGUAGCCAAGACGACCAGACCCCCAGCCAAUCCUACAUUGACGAUAGUACUUUAAGGCCUGCACAGACUGUCAGUCAUCAAAGGGCUCACAUUUCGUCCACAAGCUACAAAGAGGUGUGUAUUCCAGAAAUAGUCAGUGGCAGCAAGGAACCUCCCAGUGCUUGCAGCCUCUUGGAGCCAGGCAAACCGCCCGAGGGUUUGCCAUCCUUUGGUGAACUCAACUCUUGUCCAACAAAAACAGCUGCAGAUGACUAUUUCCAGUGUAACACCUCCAGCGAGACGGUGCUCACGGCGCCGUCACCUCUGGGAAAGAACAAAGAGGACCAUGACACUCUGACCCUGGCGGAAGGGGUGAAAAAGCUGCCUCUGUCGGACAGGCAGGCCCCACAUCCCUCCAGGGAGCCUGUAGGACACAAGGAGGAGUCGCCAAAGGGGCCGGGUGGGGGCCCAGCGGCUUCGGGCGCUGUGGCCGAAGGGAUUGCCAAUGGACGCCUCAUCCAACAUCACAGUGCCGAGCCCAGCAGCCUGGACAAGAGGAAAGAGAUAUUCAGCAAAGACACACUGUUCAAACCGCUUCACAGCACCUUGUCUGUAAACAGCUAUCACAAAUCAAGCCUGUCCGUCCUCAAAUCUCACCCGAAGACACCUGCGGACACACUGCCAGGCCGAUGUGAGAAACUGGAGCCGUCCCUAGGGACCUCGGCUGCACAAGCCAUGCCAGCUUCCCAGCGUCAGCAGGAGUCAGUGGGGAACCAGGAGGCCUCUUUUGACUAUUACAACGUCUCUGAUGACGAUGAGUCUGAGGAAGGGGCAAACAAGAACACAGAGGAGGAGAAAAACAGAGACGAUGUGGGCACCAUGCAGUGGCUCCUGGAAAGGGAGAAGGAAAGAGACUUGCAGAGGAAAUUUGAGAAGAACCUCACCCUCCUUGCCCCAAAGGAAACCGACAGCAGCAGCAACCAGAGGGCCACCCAUUCAGCGCGUCUGGACAGCAUGGACAGCAGCAGUAUCACGGUGGACAGUGGAUUCAACUCCCCACGCACUCGGGAGAGCCUGGCUUCCAACACAUCAAGCAUUGUUGAAAGUAACCGUCGUCAGAACCCUACCUGGAGCCCGGCCCAUGGUGGAGCUGGCCCGGCCUUCAAUUUCCGAGCAAGUACGGACAGCCCCACAAAUGAAGCUGAGAAAUUACAGAAACCUUCCAGCUGCUUGCAAGCUUCUGUUACUAGUGUGUGAUAGUCAUUCUGCCUCAGAUCUCCUGUCUCAUUCGAUACAGCCAAGUUUACGACACUGGGACUGAUGUUUACAUCUUUGGAAAGACAAGCAUCUCA